AUGAGCGAAAAGGCAGGCGAUGAGCAUGGUGCCUCGCGCCCAUCGACGGCUUCGUCCAAAGCACGCGAAGUUCAGCCGCGGCUUUCGCAUGAGAGUGACGGCAUCACCGGUCUGCCUGAUUCCAGCCACGAAGAUGUCGAGAAACAAAUCCCUGGCCACGAGUUCGACAUGGACUUGCAGAGCUUGCACAGCGCUGUUCGAGUAGAGACCCGCGCCAGCGUCCGGAGCAAGGCUUCUCGUGUCCUGAGCAUCGUGAGUCGGCGCAGCAAGACCGACCGCAAAGGUCUGCGCUAUGAGUUGCUACCAGUCAUGGACCUCGACGAAGGAGUCGUUGGGUGGGAGGGACAGGACGAUCCAGAAAUGCCCCUCAACUUUCCCAUGUGGAAGAAGUGGCUGUUGGUCGGGUUGCUGGCUGCCAUCACGCUCCUGACGCCCUUUGCCUCGUCUAUUCUCUCUCCCGGCAUUUCCAAACUCGACGCCGAAUUCCACAACGACGUCUCCAUUGUGGGAUCCAUGACGGUCAGCAUUUACCUGCUGGGAUAUGUUGUUGGUCCGUUGUUUCUGGCGCCUCUUUCCGAGAUUUACGGACGAAAGCCAGUCUUGGGUGCUGCCAAUAUAUUUUUCUGUGUAUGGCAAAUAGGUUGUGCCCUUGCCCCAAAUAUCGCCACCCUCAUUGUGUUUCGCUUCUUUACCGGCCUUGGUGGCGCCGGAUGUCUGACACUAGGCGGCGGCGUCAUUGGUGACAUGUUUCAACCAGAUCGAAGAGGUUUUGCCAUGGGCAUAUGGACUUUGGGACCGCUAUUCGGACCUACUAUUGGCCCCUUGGUGGGUGGUUUCGUCGCUGAUUCCAUUGGUUGGCGUUGGGAUUUCUGGAUCGUCCUGAUUAUCGCCGUCAUCAUCACCGUAUUGAUCGAGAUUCUCAACAAGGAAACAAGUCAUAAGAAGCUGAUUGAGAGAAAGACGGCGCGUCUCCGAAAGGAACUCGGCCGAGAUGACCUAAAAAGCUGCUACGACAACAACCAACAUCAGAGCGGAUCGCGCACCAUGGUCAACGGUCUUAUACGCCCCCUGAAGUUGCUAUUCCUGUCGCCUCUGGUCUUUUUCGUCUCCCUGUAUAUUGCAUUCGUCUACGGCGUGCUCUACUUGCUUUUCACAACUAUACCAACCGUGUUUGAAGAGACAUAUGGCUUCGAGGUGAGGCUGACAGGUCUCGUGUAUCUUGCCAUGGGCGUCGGUAAUCUCAUCGCGUGGGCUCUUGUUACACUGUUCUCGGACAAGUCCGUGGUCAAGAUGGCUCAGGCCAACGGUGGCGUCUUUGAACCGGAAAUGAGGCUGAAGAUAAGCAUAUCGUUCAGCUUAUUCUUGCCCGUGACCCUAUUCUGGUAUGGCUGGUGCGCUUACUACAAGGUUCACUGGGCUGCAACUACCCUCUCACUGAUUCCGUACGGCUUUGGUGCCGUAGGAAUCUUUCUGCCGCUUACGACCUACAUCGUUGACAGUUAUCCCAUGUACGCUGCCUCUGCCAUUGCUGCAAGCACUGUGCUCCGCAGUCUUGUCGGUGCACUGCUACCGCUGGCAGGACCACCAAUGUAUGAGGCCUUGGGUCUUGGAUGGGGCAACUCUCUACUGGGAUUCAUCUGCAUCGCCAUGAUCCCGACACCUAUAUUGUUCUUCAAGUUUGGACUGCGGCUUCGGAAAGCACAAAAGUUCACCUUGUAA